UAACGAGGAGCACCUGAACGCAGCAUCCAGCCUGCUCACUGCCGGUUGCUUGGAGGUAGUUUAUAACCGAAACUUAACUUUACCGGCUCAACCGUGUUCCUGUUUGUCGUAACUGGGUGUGCGUUACUAAGCUGGACACGAAACAGUGUGUUUUAUCGAAGAAAGUCAACAAUACAGCCUUUUUUUCACCAUGUCACACCACAGAGCUCAAGACCCCAAAAGGGAGCAGUUUAGGAGAUACCUGGAGAAAGCUGGGGUUGUUGACAGUCUAACAAGUGUUUUAGUGGCUCUGUAUGAAACCCAAGAAAGACCCAGCAAUGCCCUGGAAUUCGUGAAGCAGCAUCUCGGUGCAGCUGACACAACCUCAGAGGACACGGAGGCUCUGCAGGAGGAGGUGCGUGACCUGAGGCAGAGGUGUGGACGUCUGACAGAGGAAAACAAAGACCUCAAAACAAGGCUUCAGCGUUACGAGCCUGCACCUGAAGAUGGAGCCACAGCUGAAUAGACCUGAGCAGAGCUCCGGUUUGCUUCCUAUGUUUUGUUAUUUUAUACUGCUGCCACUUUAGAUUUAAAGAAGAAGCGAUGCUGUCAAGUGAAAGCCAGCGAUUUUUAUGUGGCUGUGCCGUUUUUGUUUUUGUAAAUCUUAGUUUCUGAUGUGUUUCUUAGAAUCUAACUUAUUCUGUACGUGUGUGUAAAUAUGUUUUUCUUUCUUGGCUUUAAAAUAGUUUGUAAGUGCCCUCCCACAAAAACUGCACAAGUGGGUUCUUUAAAAAGGGGAGUUUUUUGAGUAUCCUGUGUUAGAAAAUAACAAAUUAUUAUACUGCAGGUAUCUUUAUUUUGCUGUCAUAGAAACACUUUACCCAGAUCCACAUAGCAAUGUGUGACAAAGACACAUGUAGUUUAUUUUUAAAGAUCUGGUGAAGGUAAAAGUUAUAAAAAAUAAAUAUAAUACUUCAAACAAAACAA